CGUUAUCUUUCAGGAAAAUAUAAACAAAAGGAAUAACCUCCGAUUACCUCUACGGCUCUUCAAAAUAUAUCUCACAAAAUUGAACUUAAACUAAAUAUUAGAAUAUGUCGGCACUUUAUAGAACAAUAAUAGCAUCUAUAGAUAAGCGUGUUCCUGCGAAACUACAACCAUUAUGGGCACACGAUGCUGGUCCUAAAACAAUAUUUUUUUGGGCACCAGCUUUCAAAUGGUGCUUGGUUAUUGCCGGAAUUGGAGAUUUGGCCAGGCCUGCAGAUAAACUCAGUCCAACUCAAUCUACCGCUCUUGCUGCUACAGGUAUAAUUUGGUCUAGAUAUUCAAUGGUUAUUAUUCCUAAGAAUUAUAGUUUGUUCAGUGUCAAUAUCUUUGUUGCUCUUACUGGAUUGUAUCAACUACUUAGAAUUUACAGACACAAUCAAUCCUUGAAGCAACCUGCUGCUGUUGAAAGUUCUUAGCUACACUGAAUAUUUAAACAAGUUGCUUUUUUUGUACAGACAAUCUAUUGUGUUCAUCUUGUUUCAAAUGGCAAAAAAUAUGUAUAGUAUUAUAUAUAGCACAAAGAUUAAUAGAAUAUUAUUGUUGGAUUUUUUAAAUUAUUCACUAUGUUGAUUUCAAAAUAUUUUAAAUCUUUUUAACAAUAAAAAUGUGAAAUGAUAAAA